UGGCUUUGACGUCAAUGCACGUCAAGCGGAGAACAUGAUGCCUCUUUGCGAGUCAACUCUACCUGAUAGAGGGGACAUCAAGACGGAACAUUAAAGCUCCAUUGUGACCGGAUAAAGCUGUCCGUUUGGUGACAAAGGAGUGUGGGGGGGAAAAAAGACAAAGAUUUUUUUUUUUUUUAAAUGUCGCCGCCGCUGCUUUGAAGGAGAGUGUCGCCACAUUCGCCGGACCACUCGUGUUUAUUUUUUUUAUUUUUAAAAUGGACACGCUUCCAACAGUGGCCGUGGCGGCGGUUCGUUUGUGGCUCUUUAUCUCCUAACGGCUGCGAGGAAGCCCCGCUACCCCCCCACCUACCCCCCCCGCACGUCUGCCGUCGACAACAGCAUGGUCAUGGCUGACAGCGUCCACAAACCGCUGCUCCGGGGUCCCGUCCGUGUGGGCUUCUAUGACAUCGAGCGCACUUUAGGAAAGGGCAACUUUGCGGUCGUCAAACUGGCGCGACACCGCAUAACCAAGACGGAGGUGGCCAUCAAGAUCAUCGACAAGACCCAGUUGGAUGCAGUCAACCUGGAGAAGAUCUACAGAGAAGUUCAGAUCAUGAAGAUGCUGGACCAUCCGCACAUCAUUAAGCUCUACCAGGUGAUGGAGACAAAGAACAUGCUUUACCUGGUCACGGAAUAUGCCAAGAAUGGGGAGAUCUUCGACUACUUGGCGAAGCAUGGCCCUCUCAGCGAACUGGAGGCCAGGAGGAAGUUCUGGCAGAUACUGUCAGCGGUGGAAUACUGUCACAACCGCAACAUCGUCCACCGGGACUUGAAAGCAGAGAAUUUGCUGCUGGAUGGCCACAUGAACAUCAAAAUUGCAGACUUCGGCUUUGGCAACUUCUUCCAGCCUGGCGAGCCUCUGGCCACAUGGUGUGGAAGCCCCCCCUAUGCUGCUCCCGAGGUCUUUGAGGGCCAACAGUAUGAGGGCCCCCAGCUAGACAUCUGGGUGAGAGGAGUGUGCGAGCAAAUGUGUCGUCAAUACCCUUUUUCUAUGGUGUUCCAUUUUGAGAGUAUGGGAGUGGUGCUGUAUGUGUUAGUGUGUGGUGCCUUGCCCUUCGAUGGACCCACUUUGCCUGUGCUACGACAACGGGUCCUGGAAGGAAGGUUCCGCAUCCCCUACUUCAUGACCGAAGACUGCGAGCAUCUUAUCCGCAGGAUGUUGGUCCUGGACCCAUCAAAGCGUCUCUCCGUAGCCCAGAUUAAAGAGCACAAGUGGAUGGCACUAGAUGUUCCAGUGCAGCGGCCCGUUCUGUACCAGCAGGCACCACCUGCUGAGGGUGAGGCGGGUGUGGGCGAGUACAGCGAGCAAGUCCUUCGCUUGAUGCACAGCCUUGGCAUUGACCAGCACAAGACUGUAGAGUCUCUGCAGAACAAAAGCUACAACCACUUUGCUGCCAUCUACUACUUGCUGGUGGAGCGCCUCAAGGCCCAUCGCUGCAGCUUCCCGUUAGAUCAGAGAAUGGACGCACGUCAACGACGACCCAGCACAAUCGCUGAGCAGACCGUCGUCAAGUCGACCAGCGGUUUGCCGCAGGUGGGUCUGCUCCCGCAGGGGGUCCGUCUGCUUCGCUCCCCCGCGCUGCCUCAAGCUGCCUCUGAUGCGUUCACCUUUGCACAGCCAGCGUGUGCCCUGGAGCGGAAUUUCAUGAUUGAGGACGUCAACACUCCUAAAGUGAAUGGCUGCCUACUCGACCCCCUGCCUCCCCCCACAGUGCUCCGCAAGUCCUCCACCUCGUCGCCUAGCAACAUGAUGGAGACGUCGAUUGAUGAGGGCAUCGAGACCGAGGAGCCCGACACGGAUGAGGAUCCGCCCCACAUGCUCCUGGCCUAUCGGACGGCUCGUUUCGGCCAAAGGCGACACACCCUCUCUGAGGUCACCAACCAACCAGGGACCUCCAGCCAGGGUAAAUUUUUCGCCCUGGGUCAUAGACCCUCCAUGGGUAGCGUGGACUCUGACAUGGGCUAUGACAUGGGCUCCAUGCACAGCGACCUCAGCCUCCUGGAGGAUCCACCGUCACUCAGUGAGGUGGUCCUGGCCAAUACCACGGCCCCCGGUGUCCCGACGUCGUCGUUCCUGAGCGCUCGGCCUGCCAACCCCGCAAUGGCCGCUCUCACCUCGCAGCACAGGGAGACGCACAACCGCUCGCCCAUCAGCUUCAGAGAAGGACGCAGAGCCUCUGACACCUCUCUCACACAGGGUUUGGUUGCCUUUCGACAGCACCUUCAGAAUCUGGCACGGACCAAAGGCAUCCUAGAGCUGAACAAAGUCCAGAUGCUGGUGGAGCAGAUGGGCGAAGGGGCCGCCAUGUGUCCACCAGGGCCCCAGCAUCACUUGCACAACCUCCUGGAGGGUGAGGCAUCCAAGGAACAGGAGGGCCCCACUUUAUACCAAGGUGGGCCGCAACCGCCUCUCCUUUCGCGCAGGCAGAGUUUGGAGACACAGUACCUCACCCAUCGUCUGCAGCAGAACAGUGUUUUGGCAAACAGUCCUGCAAGCUGCCAAAUGUUCUGUCAGGACUCUCCUAGAAGUUUAGAGCAGCAACUGCAAGAACACAGACUGAAUCAGAAGAGGAUGUACCUGCAGCAGUCCCAGGGUUUGGGCUUGCCGAUCUACUUCAACCAGAUGCAGAUCGCUGAAGGAUCCUACCCAGCUAGUGGCCCCCCUCUGGACCUGGCGGCUUCCCAGAACUCUCCCCAGGGGCCCCCGAUGGCAGCCCAGCCUCAAGCUCAGCAACCAGGCAGCCAACAAGCCUCGCCGUCGUACAGCCACCCCCACAGCCUGAGCCCCCUCAUGGAGCCGGGGGAGGGUCCUAUUUACGAUCCCUACAUGAGCCACCACCCAUACGCCCAGCACCUCCCCCCCGGUCCCCACCUGCAGCACCUCCACCACCACCACCAGCAGCACCACGAAGGUUACCGCUACUCAAUAGAGCAGCAGGCUGCAGGCCUCGGGCCCCAGUAUGAGUUCCCCUCAGACCUCGGCCUGCUCCCUGCCUCUGUCCCAGGGGAGGCGGGGGUUUUCUACGGGGGGCCAGACGGCGAGCAGGGCCAGCAGGAAGGUCUGGUUCUCUCCCAACUGCAGAGCCCGCUCUUGGACAGCGAGAUGAUGGAGACGGUGGACUCUCAGCACGGCUUUGUGCUGGUCAACUGAAACCUUGGCGCAGUAUUAGGAGAGCCCAACAUGUGGAGGCGCAGCAACAGGGAGGGCAAUGUGUUAGAAACUCCUAGAACACUUUCCUACCCAAAACCCUCUCUUAGCUCACCUCCCUUUUGUCCCGCCCACACGGAGCGAGGGACACGUGCGCCGCGACCGCCAGGAGUUUGCAGCGUUUGGAAGCCAGCGGCAAGCAAAAGCACAAAAAAGGCCGGCAAAUCUUGAGUUUGUCAAAUAGGACAGAGGGGUCGUCACGCGAAGGUCCCAGGUGCACAACACUAACAGGAAGUAUUGACAGGACGUGACUUGUAACUACUGAACUAACUGCUUACACUACUGAAAGGUGCGCGUGGACACCUGAGACAAGAUGGCGCUUGAUUUGUGUCCUCGGAUAAGACGACUGAAUAUUCUCCCCUCACCUGGCAAACACUGAUGCAAUAUUCCUCCUGAUUGGCUGUGGGACUGAUGACAUCACCAGGAGGGCGAGAUGUGAGUGGCGUUUUUGUUUUGCACAUGUCAGGAAGAUUGUCACAUGACUUUGGGAAUGUAACGAAGACAUCAUGUGAUCACUUUGGUGACAGACAGCAGAGGUGGCGGGGGGGAAAUCUUUUUGUUUUGAUAUGCUUCGCAGCACUCGGACUGAAGAAUCUUCCCUGCGGGCGCUGAAAGUCACAUGAUCUGUUGUUCCACGCUCAACGGAACGUUCUAGAAGGAGCGAGGGCAGCAAGUGUAGCAGCAGGUCAACACUUUCCACCUUUCUUUUUCUUCUGCUUAUUUACACCAAGGAGUAUUAGGGCUACUCUAAAAACAGGCCAGAAAAAGUUGCAAUUUUACUCAAAUUCAAAUAUUUAAAAAAAAAAAAGAAUAUUUCUUUUUAAAAAGAGAUUUUUUUUGGUCUUAUAAUAUCAACUUGAAAAUUAUGACUUUUUUAAUAACAUUCUGCUUGUAACGUUCCAUUUUUUUCAUUAGGACUAAGAAAAGUAACAAUCAUAAUUUUAGGAGAACGUAUUUUACAGAAAUAAUUUAAUUUUACAAGAAUAAAAUGUAACCAUAGAUAAUUGUUUUCCUCUUAAAAUGGCAACUUUCUCGUACAAUCAUAACUACUCUUCUUUCUUCAAGUUGUGUCACAAGGAGAUUAAAGUCAUGAUCUUUCGAGGAAAAAGUAACAUAUUUCCUGGAAUAAACAAAAAGAAUGUAGCAGUAGUAAUAUUAUAUUUGUUUUAAAGGGGUCACAUUAUGAUUGUUUUCUACAUGUAAAAGACUUCCUUGUGGUCUACAUAACAUGUAAUGGUGGUUCUUUGGUCAAAAUGUUGCAUAGAUGAUGUUUUACAGACCAUCUUCAAGCCGCUUUGCAGGAUGCGCCAUUUUGUGGGCGGUCUUAUUUACGUGCCUCCACAUUAACUGUAUCCUCCCAGUCAGCCAUGUUGUAGUUUUUAGCGCUUUCAUAGCGAGUCUACUGACAGAUAUAAGUUUGAACUCUACGCUACGUUGUAUUAGAAAUGACAACAGCAGAGGAUGCACGUGCAUGUACGAGCCAGUCUGCCCCACAAGAGGACAGAGGAAAAAGGAGGAGCUUAUUGACUACAGCGCGGGACUACAAUGGCAGACUUGUGCAAAGCACUUUGGGUAAAUUUCUACUUUUGUCACAAUUGGGACAAAUUAUUUUAAUUUUCCUGAGGGAACUCUCCUGAAGGAAUCAAUAAAGUACUAUCUAUCUAUCUACAACUGGCGCGUUUGGAGGAAAUAUGAAGGAAGGCCAGAUUGUUUAUAAACAUUUCCGCCAUGCCUCCAUGGAUUGAUUUGAAAUUGUUCAGGACUUAUGCAGAUCCCAAAUACAACACAGGUACCAGCUGGAAAGAAAAGUUGGUUUUGCAUGAUAGGGCCCCUUUAAGACAUUAAAAAAAAACUAAUCUGGAAAGAUGACGACAUCUUACAGUUACGCCUCCUUGUAACAUGACAACUUUGUUUCCAGUCAGAAAGUGACCGAUGAAAGUCGUAAUGUUACGAGAAAAAAGGAAUGUGCAAAAAUAAUUGGCAAUUUUACACAAAAGGUUCCAAUUAUGUAAGAGAAAACAUAUUUCAUAAAAAAAUAUAUAUAUAUUUUUUAAAUAUUCACUUUUUUUUACCAUAAAAUUGCAACUUUUUCCCUAAAAUUUAAACCGAGAACUAUUCUCCUUUAGACAUUUAGACUUUUUUAUGACUUUAUUCUCAUUAUGAAGUCGUAAUGUUAACAGAAAAAGUUGCAAUUUUGUGAGAAAAAAGUACAAGAGUAACUAAUUAAGGAAAUUACAACUUUUUUUAAACUUCAGACUACAAAUGUAUGCUCUCAAAAUGGUGACCUUAUUAGUAGUAUAAAUACUUUGUUCUCAUACAAUUUGGAUUGUUUUUCCUCCUAAAUAACAUCUUUGAUCUGUAAUAUUCAGAUUUUACAUUCAAAGUAGAUCUUUUUUGGUGUUUUUCUUUUAAAAAGGAUCAUUUGAAUCUACAUUUCAAAGACUUCCUGCUGGUCCAGAUAUGAAAUAUGUCCAGGAUAUGCUUUGGCACAGUCACUUUUAUCGCCCGUUUUUCUAAGUCUUGUAGACAUCAUGAAAGGUGUUUCUAGACUGCAAAUGAAACCACACCCCGCCCUCACUAAAAGUAUCAGAAUGUAUCUUUUGAAAAUGUACACAGUUUAAAUUUAUAUCUUGAAGUCAUCACCGCUUGUUGAAAAUGAUAGACUUGAUAUAGAUUCACUCGGUCACAACAUUAGGUACACUGGCUGAUUGACUCUGCAUUUAAAAAAAAAAGCUGCUAUUAUGCCGGUGUUGUUAAGCACAUGCCACAUUUAUAUAAAAAUAAUAAUCUUAAAACCAUCAUAGGGCCACUUUAAAUGUCACACCGUAAUAGUCCCUAUUUACAAAUAUUGUCUGUGGAUAAAAACCCUUGGAGACGCUGAAUGUUUGCAACUAUCAUCAUCAGAGAGAAAACUGCGUGUAUUUUCUUACCCUGAUGAGGAUUUGUCAUUUUUCGCCGUCCAAGUGUCAAAUCCACCAUGUGAAAGUGGUACAGGUGGUAGGUGAAAGAACCUACCACAAUCAACUCAUUGGAUGUUUUGUGUCCAGUGUGCCUUUUACUUGUCACACGGUCUUGAAAAUCUAGUCAGUUGUACUUCCUGCUUUUAGUUUUGCCCGCUCCAAAGUGACUAAAGCCUUUUUUCUUUCUUUUCUUACAAAAGGUACAGAAACCAAAGUCCCUCAGACGAGCCAACACCACUUUCUCUUUCUUUCACUAAACUUUUUUUUAUUUGCAAUAUUUGGCUUCGUGUCGGCACACGUCAAAGUAUUCUAGCAAUAUUUGUGUCAAAGUGAGACUGAAAGUAGUACAAGUAGUAGUGGAGGAGGAUGUGAUUCUUAGUACUUAUUACAUUGCACACACACAUACACACACAUCACACACCUGCUGACAAAACAAGAAGAAAUAGAAUUUUAUAUUUACCCUCAUUGUUGUCAACCACACAUAAGCUAACUUGCUGUUGAGAUUAAAAAGGUUUAUUGAACAAAUUGAUGCUGCUUUGUAUUUGUUUUAUUUGUAAAGAUAUAUGUUUAGCGUUACUCUUGCAACCUGGGCCAUCAUUAACACCAUCAAACAAUAUUUUGUGGUUAUGGUUGUUUCUCCGCCAACAUUGGAAAUCGUGCCACUCAUUUCUUUUUAAGAAGCAUUUUUCAAAAAGUUGCUUUUCAGUACAGUAUAUUUAGGAAAAUAAUCACAAAAGUGUAUAUUUUAUCAUUUUGAAACGAGGUCUUAAAAGUCUUAAAUCUAGCAAUUUAAAUUUUAGGCCUUAAAUAUCUUUUUUUUGUGUAAUUGAAAUGUGAUGUGAUACAAUAAUGGUUUAUUGUUCAAUUUCAAAUGAAGUGAUACAUUUUUAUCAAUAAUAAUCAAGUAUAUAAGUGUAAUAAUGAAGUAUUUUAAAAAAAAUGUUUAAAUAUAUAUAAAAAACGGGAUUAUAUAAAAAAUACAAAUACAAAAUAAUAGAAUCAAAGGUUUUCCAAAAAGUAUUUGCCAUAUGUCAUGUGUAAUAAUGUUGCCAGAAAUGGUACUGCAAUUACGGUCAAAAUUGUGUAGUCCCCUACCGCUCUACCUGAGGGGCUGCCAGAUAGGAAUCCUACUCCUAAGGAACUUUAAAUGGCAAUCGACGAGUCCUACACUGUAGGUUUCUCUUGCUGAUGCUUCUUGCAAGAUGUUUUACUAAGUAAUUAUGCCACACUUUACUAAUGUCAAUUAGCCAAAUGUAUUUGUAAAGUUAUGCAGCAAUAUUUUAGUCAGGACAGAUUGUUGGCAUUAAAUGUAGAGUUUGACUGCACGGACCACCAUCAAAAUAUAUUAUAUAUAUCACAAUUGUAAUUGAAUAGUGUUGGUGUACACAUCCAAAUUGCAAUUCUUAUUUUAUUCCAACUCUAAAUCAAUUCACAAUAUUCAAUAAAAAACAGAUUUCUAAAGACAAUUUUAGGCAAUGAUAACGCUUCCUUGCUGCACUUUGACAUAAUGAUCUCGUUACGGCCUUUACUGUACCCAGUAUGUAAUACCUAUAUUUUGUUAGAAAUAUAGGGAAAAUCCUUCCAACAAAGUUUUUCUAAAGGUCUUGUUGAUGUACCUAAUGUUUUGAUUAAAGAGGGCAUUUUUGCGUGCAUUAGGAAAGCAGACAAAGUGUCUCUAAAUAUGAAAAACAAGACACUAUCUGAGGCCUAUUUACACCUCAGGUCAAAGAAUCCUGUAAUGACAUCAAUGGUUGCCAUGACAACGGGGGGAGACAGGGAGGAUAGCAUCCUUCCGUUAGCAGAAAGAUGAGAAGACUCGGGAUUAAAACGUUUGGCGUCUUUUCUACAAUGCACAUAU